GAGAAAAAGAGAGUUUCUUGGGUUUGGUUUGGUAGCUGCUUGCUUAGAAAAGAGAAAAGAAGGUGAUUGGAAUCUUCACCCAGGUCCAGCACCAGGAGGAAUCCUUUUCUUUUCCUUUUAAACCAAUUACCCAUCUUUUCCUUAUAUUCCCUCACUUUCCUUCUAUUUUCUCUCUCUCUCUCCAAGCAAACUAUAUUUUAAUCGCUUUUUCUUCUCAAAUCAAUUACUAUUCUUUCCAUCUGGUUGUUAACGAGAAAAGGAGAAAAGAAAACCAUGGCGGAAGAACACAGAUGCCAAGCGCCGCGUUUAUGCGUGAACAACUGCGGAUUUUUCGGGAGUCCGGCGACGCAAAAUCUCUGUUCUAAAUGUUUCCGGGACCUUCAGUUAAAAGAGCAGCAAUCUUCCUCUGCCAAACAAGCCCUUAACCAAACCCUGAUCUCCGCUUCGGCACCAUCGUCGGCCGUUGAAGUCGUCGAGAAGAUGGUUACGGUUUCAGCGCCGGUUGUGAAGGUGGAGGAAAAGAAACCAGCGGAGGCGGCGACUGUAGCGGUGACAACGGGGGUUAACAGGUGCGUGACGUGUAGGAGGCGCGUGGGCUUGACGGGAUUCCAUUGCAGGUGUGGGUCGUUGUUUUGUGGGAGCCACAGGUACCCGGAACAACACGAAUGCUCGUUUGAUUUCAAGGAGAUAGGCAAAGAGCAGAUCGCCAAGGCCAAUCCGGUUAUCAAGGCUGAGAAGCUUCAAAAGAUUUGAGAUUUGAGAUAUUUGAUGCUUUUUCACGGAUGGUGUGGUGGCGGUUGUGGUGGGCGGCGUACGUGAUAGUUGGUGGGGCGGGGGUAGUCUUGUCAAUUCGUGUGGACUAUUGUAAAUUCCAAUUAUAUUUUAAGCUUAAUUAAAUAUAAUCGUAAUUUGUGUGUGAGUUUAUAUUA